GUCCGCCGCGGCGCUCCGUACACGAGCACAGACCGAAUGAACGGAAUCAGCGGCUGUCUGCGGCGCUGCUCGGUAAUCAACCGCACCGUGGCUCCGUCGUCGGCUCGAGCUCGUUUAUUAUAUUGAGGGCUGAGUCUGUGGCAUGUCCACCCCCGAGCCCCCGUUAGGAGGCACGCCCUGCCCGGGGCCCUCGCCUGGUCCGGGCCCGUCUCCAGGGGCCAUGCUGGGGUCCGGACUGUCCCCUGGAUCCUCACACAACAUGAUGGGCCCCAGUCCCGGACCAGCCACUUCCACAGGACUCUCCUUUCCUCCGCAAGCGUCUGCGGGAUACAGCCAGGAGAGUCUGCACCAGAUGCACAAGCCGGUGGAGGAGAACCUUUCAGAAGACGCUCGCUUCACUCAGAUGAAGGUGGUUCCGAUGAGGAUGACCCGUCCAGGGAGCCCGAUGGACCAGCACUCGCAAGGAUUCCCGUCUCCGCUGGGCUCUUCAGAGCUCGUGUCCAGUCCCGUGUCCGGUCCUCUCCUGUCCACCUCCGGCUCUAGCUCUGCCUCGCUGGACGGUGUGGACAGCCAGAGCCUCCCGCAGCAGAACCGUCUGGGAAGCCAAAGCACGGCCCCAGGCCCCAGCGGCCCCAGCGCUCCGACGCCCUUCAACCAGAGCCAGCUGCACCAGCUGCGGGCGCAGAUCAUGGCAUAUAUGGCAUAUAAGCGCGGGCAGCCGCUCCCAGAACACCUGCAGAUGGCGGUGCAGGGCAAGCGGCCCAUGCCAGGGAUGCCCCAGGGACCGUCUCUGACCAGCCUGCCCCCCGGCGGAGCGAGCGCCGGCUUCAGCCGAGGACAUGGGAUGGUGGGACCCAACAUGCCUCCUCCUGGACCUUCUGGAGUCCCAGCUGGUGUUCAGGGCCAGAACCACAACGGGCCCCCGAAACCGUGGCCUGAAGGUCCUCUGGUCAAUGCGGCGACCCCCUCGAACGCUCCUCAGAAGCUGAUGCCGCUGCAGCCCACCGGACGCCCCUCUCCUGCACCCCUGUCUGUGCCACCGGCCGCUUCUCCGGUCAUGCCACCGCAGACCCAGUCUCCAGCACACCUGGGCCACUCGUCUCAGCCCGCCACCAUGGUGCCGCUGCACCAGAAGCAGAACCGCAUCACGCCGGUUCAGAAGCCCUGCGGUCUGGACCCGGUGGAGAUCAUGCAGGAGAGAGAGUACAGGCUGGAAGCUCGUAUCACUCACCGUAUUCAGGAGCUGGAGAAUCUUCCAGGGUCUCUGCCUGGAGAUCUGCGCACCAAAGCCACAAUUGAGCUCAAAGCGCUCCGACUGCUCAACUUCCAGAGACAGCUGCGUCAGGAGGUGGUGGUUUGCAUGAGACGCGACACGGCCUUAGAAACCUCACUGGACUCAAAGGGCUACAAGCGCAACAAGAGACAGUCGUUACGUGAAGCACGAAUCACAGAGAAACUAGAGAAACAGCAGAAGAUCGAACAGGAACGCAAACGCAGGCAGAAACACCAGGAAUAUCUCAACAGCAUCCUGCAGCACGCCAAAGACUUCAAGGAGUACCAUCGGUCCAUCACAGCGAAGAUCCAGAAACUGACCAAAGCUGUGGCCACAUACCACGCCAACACCGAGCGCGAGCAGAAGAAAGAGAACGAGCGCAUCGAGAAAGAGCGAAUGAGACGCCUGAUGGCUGAGGAUGAGGAGGGUUACCGGAAGCUCAUUGACCAGAAGAAGGACAAGCGUCUGGCGUAUCUGCUGCAGCAGACGGAUGAGUAUGUGGCUAAUCUGACGGAGCUGGUCCGCGCUCAUAAAGCUGUGCAGGCCCUGAAGGAGAAGAAGAAGAAGAAGAGGAAGAAGAAGAAGCUGGAGAACGCGGAGGGCCAGACGGGGGCUCUGGGGCCCGAUGGAGAGCCCCUGGAUGAGACGAGUCAGAUGAGUGAUCUUCCAGUGAAGGUGAUCCAUGUGGACAGUGGGAAGAUUCUGACCGGAGUGGACGCUCCUAAAGCUGGACAGCUGGACACGUGGCUGGAGAUGAACCCUGGUUACGAGGUCGCUCCGCGCUCGGACAGCAGGAUCAAGGGUCUGGAGUGGCUGGUGUCUCUCUAUAACAACAAUCUGAACGGGAUCCUGGCGGAUGAGAUGGGUUUGGGCAAAACCAUCCAAACCAUCGCUCUCAUCACGUACCUGAUGGAGAACAAGCGUCUGAACGGACCCUACGUCAUCAUCGUACCGCUCUCGACUCUGUCUAACUGGGUCUAUGAGUUUGAUAAGUGGGCGCCGUCUGUCGUCAAAGUCUCGUAUAAGGGAUCUCCUGCUGCUAGAAGAGCCUUCCUCCCACAGCUGCGCAGCGGCAAGUUCAACGUGCUGAUCACUACAUACGAAUACAUCAUCAAAGACAAGCAUGUGCUGGCCAAGAUUCGCUGGAAGUACAUGAUCGUGGACGAAGGCCAUCGCAUGAAGAACCAUCACUGUAAGCUGACGCAGGUGUUGAACACGCAUUACCUGGCUCCGCGGCGUGUGCUUCUGACCGGGACGCCGCUGCAGAACAAGCUGCCCGAGCUCUGGGCGCUGCUCAACUUCCUGCUUCCCACCAUCUUCAAGAGCUGCAGCACGUUUGAGCAGUGGUUCAAUGCUCCCUUCGCCAUGACCGGAGAGAAGAUCAAGGGUCUGGAGUGGCUGGUGUCUCUCUAUAACAACAAUCUGAACGGGAUCCUGGCGGAUGAGAUGGGUUUGGGCAAAACCAUCCAAACCAUCGCUCUCAUCACGUACCUGAUGGAGAACAAGCGUCUGAACGGACCCUACGUCAUCAUCGUACCGCUCUCGACUCUGUCUAACUGGGUCUAUGAGUUUGAUAAGUGGGCGCCGUCUGUCGUCAAAGUCUCGUAUAAGGGAUCUCCUGCUGCUAGAAGAGCCUUCAUCCCACAGCUGCGCAGUGGCAAGUUCAACGUGCUGAUCACUACAUACGAAUACAUCAUCAAAGACAAGCAUGUGCUGGCCAAGAUUCGCUGGAAGUACAUGAUCGUGGACGAAGGCCAUCGCAUGAAGAACCAUCACUGUAAGCUGACGCAGGUGUUGAACACGCAUUACCUGGCUCCGCGGCGUGUGCUUCUGACCGGGACGCCGCUGCAGAACAAGCUGCCCGAGCUCUGGGCGCUGCUCAACUUCCUGCUGCCCACCAUCUUCAAGAGCUGCAGCACGUUUGAGCAGUGGUUCAAUGCUCCCUUCGCCAUGACCGGAGAGAAGGUGGAUCUGAACGAGGAGGAGACCAUCCUGAUCAUCCGCCGCCUGCACAAGGUGCUCCGCCCCUUCCUGUUGCGCCGGCUGAAGAAGGAAGUGGAGGCGCAGCUGCCUGAGAAGGUGGAGUACGUGAUCAAGUGUGACAUGUCUGCGCUGCAGAGGGUCCUGUACCGACACAUGCAGGCCAAAGGAGUGCUGCUGACCGACGGCUCAGAGAAGGACAAGAAGGGUAAAGGCGGCACUAAGACUCUGAUGAACACCAUCAUGCAGCUGAGGAAGAUCUGUAAUCAUCCGUACAUGUUCCAGCAGAUCGAGGAGUCGUUUUCUGAGCAUCUGGGUUUCUCAGGAGGAAUCGUUCAGGGGCUUGAUUUAUUCCGCGCCUCGGGAAAGUUUGAGGUGCUGGAUCGUAUUUUGCCCAAAUUACGAGUGUCCAAUCACAAAGUGCUGCUCUUCUGCCAAAUGACCACUCUGAUGACCAUAAUGGAGGAUUAUUUCGCUUACCGCAGCUUUAAAUACCUGCGUCUGGACGGCACGACUAAAGCAGAGGAUCGUGGGAUGCUGCUGAAGACCUUCAAUGAUCCGGCCUCUCAGUGCUUCAUAUUCCUGCUGAGCACCAGAGCGGGUGGACUGGGCCUCAAUCUGCAGAGCGCAGACACCGUCAUCAUAUUUGACAGCGACUGGAACCCUCAUCAGGACCUCCAGGCGCAGGAUCGAGCGCACCGCAUCGGACAGCAGAACGAGGUGAGGGUUCUGCGGCUCUGUACCGUCAACAGCGUCGAGGAGAAGAUCCUGGCGGCCGCUAAAUACAAGCUGAAUGUGGACCAGAAGGUGAUCCAGGCCGGCAUGUUCGACCAGAAGUCGUCGAGUCACGAGCGCCGAGUGUUUCUGCAGGCCAUUCUGGAGCACGAGGAGCAGGACGAGGAAGAGGACGAGGUGCCGGACGAUGAGACCGUAGAUCAGAUGAUCGCCAGGAGUGAGGACGAGUUUGACCAGUUCAUGCGCAUGGAUCUGGAUCGCCGCCGCGAGGAAGCACGCAAUCCGAAGCGAAAGCCUCGUCUCAUGGAGGAGGACGAGCUGCCCACCUGGAUCAUGAAAGACGACGCCGAGGUGGAAAGACUCACCUGUGAGGAAGAAGAGGAGAAGAUGUUCGGCCGCGGCUCCCGUCAGAGGAAGGAGGUGGAUUACAGCGAUUCGCUCACAGAGAAACAGUGGCUGAAGGCGAUCGAGGACGGGACCCUGGAUGAGAUCGAGGAGGAGGUGCGCCACAAGAAAACGUCUCGUAAGAGGAGGCGCGAUCGGGAUCCGGACGCCAUCCCGUCCACUUCAGGCGUUCGCGGGGGACGAGAGAGAGACGACGACGGCAAAAGACAGAAAAAACGAGGUCGCCCGCCGUCCGAGAAGCUUUCGCCAAACCCUCCGCCGCUCACCAAGAAGAUGAAGAAGAUUGUGGACGCUGUUAUUAAAUAUAAGGAGAAUAACGGCCGUCAGCUGAGCGAGGUGUUCAUCCAGCUGCCGUCACGCAAGGAGCUGCCCGAGUACUACGAGCUGAUCCGCAAACCUGUGGACUUCAGGAAGAUCAAGGAGCGCAUCCGGAGCCAUCGAUACCGCAGCCUUAACGAUCUGGAGCGAGACGUGAUGCUGCUGUGCCAAAACGCUCAGACCUUCAACCUGGAGGGAUCACUGAUCUAUGAGGACUCUAUCGUGCUGCAGUCGGUGUUCACCAGCCUGCGUCAGAAGAUCGAGAGAGAGGAGGAGAGUGACGGAGAGGAGAGUGAGGAAGAUGAAGAGGACGAAGGCUCGGAUUCAGAGACUCGAUCCGUGAAGGUGAAGAUUAAACUGAGCCGUAAGGACAGAAGCACAGAGUGCGGCAGAGGACGCAGGAGAACUGCGAGAACACGAGCAAAACCUGUCGUUAGUGACGACGACACAGAUGAGGAGCAGGAGGAGGUGACAAAC